UAUUGUAAAUUACGGAACGCAAUGAUUCUGCUGUGGUCGAUUUACUCGCCGCGGUAGUUUGUAGGCGCAUCACCAAAGCGCUCAACUGAGGAUCCCAGCCACUGACUAGUGCAAUUUCUGUCCACCGGCUAUAUUACCACAAGAACAUUUACAAAGUAUUUUCGAUUUUUUUAUUGGCAAUUUUGUGGAAGGAGACAGUAUUAUUUUGUGGACAGUAUUAUUUUGGUGGAAAGUGAACAAAACUAAAGGGAUGACUGAACACUUGUAAGGAAGCGGUUGACACCUAAGCAUGGCUCUUACGGGGAAUGAGACCUCAGCUUGCCCCGAUUAUGUCCCCCAUUACCUCCUGGUGGGUGAUCCAUUUGCCUCCAAGCUGUCCAAGGAGGCUGACAUCGUGGCUGCCUUCUACAUCUGCAUCAUAGGGAUCCUGUCUGCCACAGGAAAUGGCUAUGUUAUAUACAUGACCAUCAAACGCAAGACAAAGCUAAGGCCGCCUGAGCUCAUGACAGUUAACUUAGCCAUCUUUGACUUUGGCAUAUCAGUCACAGGGAAACCGUUCUUUGUGGCAUCCAGUUUCUCCCACCGCUGGCUGUUUGGCUGGGAGGGCUGUCGUUUCUAUGGCUGGGCUGGCUUCUUCUUCGGUGUUGGCAGCCUCAUCACCAUGACCGUAGUUAGCCUAGACCGAUACCUCAAGAUCUGUCAUCUUAGAUACGGUACGUGGCUGAUGAGGCACCAUGCCUUCCUGUGUCUGGUGUUUGUCUGGCUCUACGCAGGCUUCUGGGCCACCAUGCCCCUGGUGGGCUGGGGCAGCUACGCUCCAGAGCCGUUUGGCACCUCCUGUACCCUGGACUGGUGGCUGGCCCAGACCUCUGUGGCGGGCCAGAGCUUCGUCAUGGCCAUCCUCUUCUUCUGCCUUAUCUUCCCCACCGGCAUCAUCGUCUUCUCCUAUGUUAUGAUAAUCUUCAAGGUCAACUCCUCAGCUAAAGAGAUAUCCCACUUUGACACCAGGAACAAGAACAGCCAUAGCCUGGAGUUGAAACUGACCAAGGUGGCGAUGUUGAUCUGUGCUGGUUUCUUGAUAGCGUGGAUCCCAUAUGCAGUGGUCUCAGUGGUGUCUGCGUUUGGCGAGCCCGACUCAGUGCCUAUCUCUGUCUCUGUGAUCCCCACUCUGCUGGCUAAGUCCUCUGCCAUGUACAACCCCAUCAUCUACCAAGUUAUUAACCUGAAACGCUCCUGUGCAAAAUCCUCCUGUUUCCAAGUCCUGAAGAAGUGUAGACAUUUUAAAAAGUCAAGGUUUUACACCAUUUCUGGCUCACUUAAAGACAGACCAUCCGUAAAAGAGUCUCACAGUGAAAUGUGAGAAAAAGACGGUGAUUCUCUCCUGUGAAAUGACUCUUGGUCUUUCCCCUCACUAGUCCAAUCACAACCCUGCUAUCAACUGCUAAGACAUUGACCACCGCUCACCACCCAGACCUACGCAACCCAGUCUUGCUGUAUCUAUGUUCCUGCUCCAAACAGCUCUCUGUACUCUCCUACCUCAUGUCCCUCUCUGUGUUUACAGCUCAAGGCUGGCACCAAGAUGUUUUUUUUACACUUUAUACAGAUUAUUUUGUAUCGUGUACUCGUGCACCUGUGACUUGCAUAGUUUGAAGAUAUUUAAACUUUUAUGUGCACCUGUAAGAUCUAAAGCGCUGUUCAGAAAGAGGUAUGAUAUACUCUAAAGAGAGCUGGAGGGACUGUGGUGUUGGCGUUUAGCGUUGUCCCCUGCUUCAGGCAGGUCUGACUGUAGCAGCACUUUUCAUCAACGAUCAAAGUCAUCAUGUGAUUCUUACUGUCCCUCUAUGCAUGUUCACAGAUGUCGUUGACAUCACGAAACAAAAUACAAUUUGAGCUCAUACACAAACUGCACGGUCCACUGCUACGUAGCAGCCAGUGGAUGAAGUGGUUGGACCAAAUAAUGAAGGCAAACAGCACAACAAAGUCUGUUAAAGUAGUGGCUAUGUCUUACAGCACUAUGUUCCUGUCAUUGUUAACCAUUAUUUUAUGCACUGAUGUCAGUCUUUACGUCUUAGUUGAGAUCAAUGCUGGUAGUAAAGGUUUAGCCCAUUCAAAGAGAAGUAUAUUCACACACAAGUAGUCAGAAAUCCUUCACUAACAUGAAAUUGUUACGUGAAAUUACCACGUCUGUUUGCGAUAUUUAAUCAACAAAGAAGUUAUUGCAAACCAAAAACACAGUUUCUUUAUUCUCUCGGACAUCAUUGCACAUGCAAUAGAACAGCAAAAUAUGUACUGCAAUUUUUUUUUACCACAAAAACAAAUAUACCUAAGAGCAGCAAUGAACAGGGUUCACAGGAUGACAGAAAGGACAGUUGUAUAGCAACCCAAUGAAAUUACGUUGAACCAACAUGGAAUAGACAUUGAAUUGACGUCUGUGACCAGUAGGAAAACAAGCAGUCUAUCAUGUUGGAACUAUUUCACAUUGUCUAAUGCAGACGAACAAAGUCCACUUGAUCAAUAGUUAUUGCUCUAGUAUCCUAUGGUGCCACUGGUGCCAAUGACAUCUAUAGUCCCACCAACUGGCCUGGUGCAGCCAUUUAAAGUUGCAGUGACUUUAUAUAGAGCCCCACAGUGGAGGUGUCAUAAUACCCAUAAAACCUACAGGGAAAUGGUUUCAAUCAUUUUCCACCAU